UGGCGCGGUGUGUGUGCGUCGGGCGGUGCGGGAGGCCGUGCGGACGGUUGGUUCACGGGGACAGUUUGAUUCAUUUGAUGAGGAAUCAAUGAUCCGCGUUUGAUGAUCACACUGGAACCCGGCGACUGGUGCAAAGAACUAUAGAGAGAGGUUGAGCAGGCUGGGACUAUUCCUUGGAGCGCAGAAGGAUAAAGGAGUACUUGCCCAGGAUUGAUGAGAUGGCCACUACAGAAACUGCUGAAUCAGGAAACAAAAUGGGAGAUAAAACAGUCAGCAAUAAGGUGCCAUGUCCGUUAAAAGUACUCUACUGUGGAAUCUGUUCAUUGCCAACAGAGUAUUGUGAGUAUAUGCCUCAGUAUACCAAGUGCAGACAAUGGCUGGAGAAGAACUGCCCAGAGGAAUUUGCAAAACUCAGUAUAGACACUGGCCUUACUAUCUCCAGUCAAAGUUGCUAUGCUGCUGCAAAUCAGUCUACACAACCCGAUUCAGGAGGAGGAGAACCGCCAGCUGGAGAGGAGGAAGAAAAGAAAAAACAAAGACGAGGUGGCAGAGGUAUAAUUAAACAAAAGAAAAAGACAGCCCCUCAAAAGGUUACAAUAGCCAAAAUCCCAAGAGCAAAAAAGAAAUAUGUAACAAGAGUCUGUGGCCUUGCAACCUUUGAGAUCGAACUUAAAGAAGCCCAACGAUUCUUUGCUCAGAAGUUCUCCUGUGGAGCAUCCGUUACAGGAGAAGAUGAAAUUACGAUUCAGGGUGAUGUAACAGAUGAUAUUAUGGAUGUAAUUCAAGAGAAAUGGCCAGAGGUGGAUGAUGACUCAAUUGAAGAUCUUGGAGAAGUAAAGAAGUGACCAGCACUUUUAUUGUUCGUUUCAACUGGCGGAAGAUAUUUGGACAAACAGUGAUAAGGCUUUUUAUUACAGAUAUCCCCUCUAGUCAAACGUCCUCAAUGGAUUUGAGGCUAUUUUCUUGUACUUUGGUUGCCAAAGCUCCUGUGAAAAUUCUGGAUUAUGCUUUAAAAAAAGAACAUUGAGUGCACUAAGAUCCUUACUUUAAUAAAAUAUCUGUUUUGAUCUCUUGUG